AUGUUCUCGACACUUGUUCGGACGGUGCGCCGGCGCUCGCGCUUCUUCUCCAUCGACAGCGCUCGUCCGAGCGUGGGUCCUGCGUGCUUGGAGCCGAAAGCAGACGCGACCAACUCGGCCAAGCCCGACCCGAUCGCCGCAUGCCAUCGCGACUCGAACAGUGUCGACGUGACGCAUUCGUUGGCGAUGAAGACGGCUGAGAUUCCGUUCGACCGUUCGAUUAGCAACGAGAACGCAAACAUGGAGAACAAGACAUCAAGAACCUCCACGCCCGUUUGGACGCCAUUGACGCCACUCAUGACGCCAUUGACGCCACUCAUGACGCCAUUGACGCCCGUUUGGACGCCAUUGACGCUACUCAUGACACCAUUGACGCCCGUUUGGACGCCAUUGACGCCACUCAUGAUACCAUCGAUGCAACUUUCGUCGCCCUCGGUCCGCGUCUUGUCGCAUUUAACGAAAGCCUCGCAGAGCUUGUAGCUUCCAGCAACAAGCGAAAGCGCGACCGCGAGCUGGACGAGCUUGGGGCGUUCAUCACCAAGUACGAGAACUUUCGUGCACUCAAACUCGGCGGUGACGUGCGCGCCGACGCCAGCACGGACGACGACACGGACGCCAGCACGGACGACGAC